AUGGAAAAGAAUCUUAUUUCAAUGGCUCGUGAAAUUGAGAAGCUUAGAGGAGAGCAAAUGAGGACACGUGGACUUGGUGGUGGAGGAUAUGGAAUGUUAAAUGGAAGCCCUGAUAUGAGGUAUCAUCCAGGUGGUGGAUAUGGUGGUGGUGGUGGUGGUGGUGGUGGUUGGGGAUCUUAUGAACACCGAGGACCACCACGUUAUUGAUCAUAACAUCCUGUGCUGUAAUACCUCAUUUCUUGCCAGCUGGACAUAAAGGGUAUGUAUGGAUUGAUGCGAAAUUUACAUUUUAUUUGUUGUAAAUAUAAAAUGUAAUUUCAUCUUUAUGCAUGUUUAUGGAUAAUUGCUUGCGUUUAUUUUAGAGUAAAUUCUAAAUUUCGUCUUUAUGCUAUGUCAAAAGUUAUAGGUUCAGUCUGUAUGUUUGAGUAAAGUAGCAUGGUUUGGUUCCGCUAAUUCUAUGCUAAAUGACCAUUUUGCCCU